AUGGCUGCCACCGAGUCAUCAGAAAUGCCAGUCAAGCCAACCCCCAACGACGACAAAGAAAUAGCACCGUUCGUCGAAAUAGCGCCAGAAGAAGAAGAGCCGCAUUCAAUUUUCACAACUAGCGUGAAGAGAUGGAUUAGCUAUGUUGCUUCCUUCGGCGCCAUGUUCUCCACCUUGAGCAGUUACAUUUACUUUCCAGCUUUAGCCCCUAUGGCCGUUGAUCUCAACGUCUCCGUUGCGCUCAUCAAUCUCACCGUCACCUCAUAUCUGAUCAUAGCGGGCAUCGCACCGGCCUUCAUGGGCGAUAUCGCCGAUCAAGGUGGUCGGAGGCCCGCAUACAUUCUUAUGUUCACUCUCGUCGUUGCGUCAAAUAUUGGAUUGGCGCUGCAGAAUUCGUACCCUGCUUUACUCAUUCUACGUAUGGUGCAAAGCGCUGGAGCAUCUGGUUCAUACGGCGCAGCAUAUGGGAUUGUUGCAGACAUAACAACAGUUGAUGAACGUGGGUCUUAUGUAGGGUCUAUGCUCGUUUUUACCAACGCUGCUCCAAGUUUUGGUCCGGUCAUCGCCGGGUUGCUCACGGAGAAGCUGAGUUGGAGAUGGAUAUUCUGGUUUCUGGUCAUACUGACUGGCACUUACCUGCUCCUCAUCAUUAUUCUACUUCCGGAGACACAACGUCGAAUCGUAGGGAAUGGAAGUUUAAAGGCCCACAGGAUUCAUAGAAGUCUGUUUGACUCUCUCACCCGGGACCGAAAGAUCAACUCGGUGGGGCAAGUUCAAGGACUUUAG